AUCGUAUUAGUCAAAGGCGUUAGUGGAACGUAACGUUUGGUAACCCGCCGAGAGAAUAAUUUUUUUAAUAUAACAAAUUGUCAUUGUAACUUGGCGAAAUGGCUGCAAUUAGUUUGUUGAAUCCCAAAGCUGAAUUUGCUAGGGCCGCUCACGCCUUGGCUGUAAAUAUAACAGCUGCGAAAGGAAUCCAAGAUGUGAUGAAGACGAAUCUUGGGCCGAAAGGCACAAUGAAAAUGUUGGUCUCCGGAGCGGGUGAUAUAAAAAUCACAAAAGACGGCAAUGUGCUCCUUCACGAAAUGCAGAUACAACAUCCGACCGCCACUUUGAUUGCCCGAGCAUCCACUGCUCAAGACGAUAUCACCGGAGAUGGUACCACUAGCACGGUCUUAGUCAUCGGAGAGCUUCUCAAGCAAGCCGAUGUUUAUAUAUCGGAGGGUCUCCAUCCUAGAAUGGUCACAGAAGGUUUCGAGUUGGCUAAAGCUAAAACUUUGGAAGUAUUGGAUUCCAUGAAGGUUCCCAUCGAGCCUACCAAGGAGAAUCUGUUGAGCGUCGCGAGGACGUCGCUGAGAACUAAAGUUCACCCUAGCAUAGCCGAUAAAUUGACCGAGAUCUGCGUAGACGCGGUUUUGACUAUCAGGCAGGAAGGUAAAGAUAUCGAUUUACAUAUGGUCGAGCUAAUGGAGAUGCAGCACAGAACUGCAGCCGACAGUAAUUUGGUUCGUGGUAUUGUGACUGAUCACGGGUCCAGACACCCAGACAUGCCUAAGAGAGUCGAGAAUGCAUAUAUAUUGAUUUGCAAUGUUAGUUUGGAGUACGAGAAGAGCGAGGUGAACAGUGGUUUCUUCUACAAAACUGCGGAAGAACGAGAGAAGCUCGUGGAAGCGGAGCGUAAGUUUAUCGACAAUCGCGUGAAGAAAAUAAUCGAGCUGAAGAAGAAAUUAUGCGACGGAACGGACAAGUCGUUCGUCAUCAUAAAUCAAAAGGGCAUCGAUCCACCGUCGUUGGACAUGCUCGCCAAAGAAAAUAUCUUGGCUCUGCGCAGAGCGAAACGCAGGAAUAUGGAGCGUUUAGCGCUAGCUUGCGGUGGAACGGCUAUGAAUUCGUUCGAUGGUUUGACAGAGGAACACUUGGGAUGGGCUGGACUCGUUUACGAGCACGUUUUGGGAGAAACCAAGUACACGUUCGUAGAAGAAUGUAAGAAACCCAACUCUGUAACGAUUCUCCUGAAGGGACCUAACAAAUACACUUUGGAACAACUGAAGGAUGCCGUUCGAGAUGGUCUGAGGGCUAUCAAGAACGCCAUCGACGAUCGCGCUAUUAUUCCCGGUGCUGGGGCUUUCGAAGUGGCUGCUAGCCAGAUCCUUCAACGGUACAAAGAAACAGUAAAGGGAAAACAACGAUUGGGCGUACAAGCUUACGCGGAAGCUUUGCUCGUGAUUCCAAAAGUUCUUGCUGCAAAUUGUGGAUUCGACGCGCAAGACACGAUCGUUAAAUUAUUCGAGGAAGGAACCGCGUUGGGUGAACCGGUAGGAUUAGAUAUUUCGUCGGGCGAGGCCUUGAAACCCGCGGACGCUGGCAUUUACGACAACUAUAACGUAAAGAAACAGAUUAUUAACUCUUGCACGAUUAUUGCCAGCAAUCUGCUUUUGGUCGACGAGAUAAUGAGAGCGGGACUAUCGUCUUUGAAAGGUUAAACCGUUAACAACUUGAUUCAACGUUCUCGAAGUCAUCGUCUAAUUUAAAUACUAUGUUUGCACGAUCUCUAUCGAAACUUUCGCAUAAUUCUUAAGUUUUUAUAUGCUUUCAAUUAACACGAAAGAACUGCGCGGAGUAACAAAUACGCUCCUUCUAAAUUAAAGAGUACGAAAUGUCUUAUUUUCUUGUUAAUCGUACAAGGUACCAUUAAUAACCAGAAAAAUGAAACAAAUGUUCGCCUCGUACGUAAACUUUGUACAACGAUUUAAAUAAAAAAAAGUACUUGAAAA